GGUUCGGUUUCACUGCGCCGAGGAGGCACACGUGCAGCGCACAGCGCUCUGAUAGGAGCGCGGUGAGAAAGCAGCCUCUUUAUUGGCCUGUUGAUUGUAGACAAAGACCCUGUUCAGUAGACUGUCUAAUGUUGGCCUACCUGCGAUUUAUGAAAAUAAAAUAUGAUGGGUAGCCUAUAUUUACCACGAGAGGAUGCAUCUUCUCCGAUUAAAAUGAAAAAAAUAAUUUCUAAAGAUUACCAGAUGGGUUUAACAUGGUAUAUAGACAAAAAUGUGUUUAACAAACUCUCUCUAUCAAUGUUAUAUCUGUGGUUUUGAGCUCGCCAGAUUGUAGUCCUAAAACCCGGAAAUAAAUUACUUCUGGUUGGUUCAGCCAUACCUAUGGGAAAACAAUCGGGUUUUGAGAUAAACGUCGAAAAUAAGGUCUGAGGUUAACACAGGCUUAGGAGAUCGUAUACGUUUUGUUCUAUGAUAUAAUAUCAGCCAGUUAAUAUGACCAUUAACUUAAUAAUUAUGAAACCUUUAUAUGUUUUAAAAAUAUAAAUGCCUCAAAAUUCACAAAACGUGACGUUAUCUGAUAAAGAUUAUCUCAUGGAACAAAACGUAUAGAAACCCCUAACCCUGUGUUUAACACACACCCUAUUUUCGUUGUUUAUCCCAAAACCUUAGCAAAACGCCAUUCAUUUCCCCAUAAGCGUUACCAUGUUAAACCAUGGCAGAGUUAGUGCAUACAAAAAACGCCAUUACUACAAUUAGGCUACAGGGUUCAAAGUUCCUUAUGUCUUGAUGUUUUCACAAUGGAUUUGGUCCAGUAUCGUUAGACCAGACUCGCAAAGCAAGUUUUUACAACAACAUUCCUUCUCUGUAGCGCUCUCUGUUUCUGCACUGCAUUACAAAUUGAUAUAAAGUAGGCUAAUACUUCUUUCUUUACCUUUACCAACUGUAUCUAACAAUAUAAAACAAUAUAUCUCUUUCUGAGUGCAGUGGGCAUAAGGAUGUUGCUAAUUCCCACUUUGCACAGGAAAAGUUAACUUCCUUCCAUUUAAAAGAUUAAAGUUCAAUACUCACUGACUCACAGCUUAUCAAAUAGAUUGAUUUGUAGUCACACAGUAAUACAUAAACAGUUUUAUUGCUCUUGCCUUUCAGGUGAAUCAGUGGGAUUUGCCCUUAUGAGAAUGUUUUGUACCAACUUGUUUUAUGGAAUAUCAUUUGAAAUGUUGAAACACAAUGGUAAAUAGUCACUUUGCAGACAGACGGGCCAAUAAUUGCACUCACAACACAUAGCCCCUAGACAUGAAUAUCAUACAGACUGAGACAGGCAGAGAAACAGUGAUGUCAGAGCACCUGACUUUAAACCCAGAGCCAGAUGAAGAACGAGCUGGAGGGCCUUCUACAACCAGUAGGUCUGCUGCUACAGGACCUCAAACACCUGGAUUGGAACAACAGGGCCUAGAUCACAGGAGGAUGGAAGGAGAAAAGGGGGAAGAGGAUGAGAAGGAGGAGGAGGCAACCAGCUCAGCUACCUUUGAGCCUAGCACUUUGCUAUGGCUGGGAGACGAAGAGAUGGUGUGAGAGGGAGAGAAAGGAAGUGUAGCGUCUGAGAGCAAGGGAACUGAAGGGGAGGAGAGGGAGAUAGGGAGCCAAGAGCUUCUGGAGGGACAGGAGAGACAGCAGGAGAGUGAGCGAAAGGCAAAAUGGAGAGAAAGUAUGCCAGAGGAAGAGAGAUGGAUGGAUGAGGAGGUGGAGGGAGGCCAAGAUGAGGAAAGGGAUGGUUCGCUUGCAGAUGAUGAAGACGAGGAGGAAGGCCAAGUCAAUUGGAUGCCAGAAAAGGCUAUGCAGGUCUUCACUCUGACAGUGAUAGUGCGUCCAUCUAGCAAAUGGGAGGAGUUCCCACCCGAAAAUAACUACUAUGAGGAAAUGGACACUGAGAAGAGUUCUUUCUUAGAGCCCCAGACACAUACAGGCCCACCAGUAUACUACUACCCACAAUGGACAGAGGAGCGGGACAACUACACACAUAUGUGUUGCGGUGAUGUUCUGAAACUUGGCCUGGGCAUUGGUGCUGCAGCUGUUCUAUUCCCUCUACUCGUGUGGGGCGGCUAUGCCCUCUUGCCCUUUGAUGCCCCGCCACUGGACAGCGCCCCUCUCAGGCUGGUGUACACACUGCGCUGCUCCUUUUUUGCUGUCAUACCCAUCAUUCUAGGUGUGCUGGUGCAGGGGGUGGCGCGGCUGCACUACGGCGCCUUAACGCCCCUCUACGAGGGCAAGGUGGGGGAGGAGAGCCGGGAGAUGGAGGUGCACCGGCACUACGUGGUUGACUCGCUCUCCCUCUUCCUGCUCUACUUCCUGCAACUGGGCGUUAUGGCCACCUACAUCAGCCAGAACCUGCUCAAGAUGGUGCCCCUGCUCACCAUCGUCUUUGCCUUCGGCAGGCUGAUCUACUGGGUGUGUGUGACCCUAGGCAGCAGUGUGAGGGGUUUGGGCUUUGGCCUCUCCUUCCUGCCCAUACUGGUCAUGCUGGGCGCCAACCUCUACUUUGUGUGCUCGUCACUCAGUGAAGGGGCUGUCUUUGAUGUGGCCCCGCCCACCACUGCUCCACCUCCCCGGCAGAGUUGGUGGGGCUAAGGAGGAAGAGGAGUAGAUAUGCCCAAUCCUGAAUCCUAGAUGGGCACCCAGUCCCUAGACACUUGUGUAGAUCUGAUAAGGAUAAAUCACAUGGGAAUAUGUCCACUUUGCUUUCUGAUAGACCAGGGGCAUGCUCAGUAGGCAAACAUUGUGCAACCUUGUAGAUAGAAAUGUAUUCCUUACUCUAUAUGUCAGAGUUGCAAGUGUGUUCACAAUAUAACACACAUUCCCCAAUGUUUUGCCCUACUGAGGUUUGUUUGAAAUGUUGUUGGUAACCAUUCAGCUCUAUACAACUGUCAUGGUGUUGAUUUGGAAGGAGAGAGGGGGGGAAGAAUCAAUCAAGUUCGUCAGCUUGGAUUUCACCUUCAUCUGAAACAUUGGAUUGCAUUUGCAGUGGUUGAUGGUGAAAUACAAUGACUUGAGGCUAGCAACCCCAUAGAAGUUGCUUGUAAUUGAAGGAUCGUGUGCCAUACGCCCUAUGGGACUCCCAAUCACGGGUGUCUUCCAAGUUUACAUUUAUGAAGACUUGAAUGCAACUUUGCUGGAGUAUAAACCUAGUGCAGAGUUGACCAUUUUUAAAGAAAGAGUGUCAAACAGGCUGGAAGCCCAUAACAAGGAAUAACAAAAUAUAUUUAACUGAAGUAACCAAAUACAAUUACCAAUGGUGUGAGUGGUUGCGUGCAUAGAUGUGAUAAUGAGGGGUGUUGAAUGGUAUCCAAACAAAAUGGCCACAAAAAUGCUACAACCAAAAUCCAACAGUGUUGUCUGCAUGGAGUCUCCUCAAUGAAUGGGGAAGAGGUGUGUCCCAUUUCGCUGACAACCCUCCCGGCUUUGCCCACCAACAUCCUAAUAAGGAAAACGAGAAAGAAUACGGCUGGGAGGGUUGUCACAGUGGAUAUAAUUGUUUCAACUGUGCAAUGUUUACAUUUAAUUUCCAAAUUUGUACAGCAUUUAAUACUCCCAAUGGAUGGGAAUGAAGUGUAAUUUAAUGACUACAUGCAAUAUGUGCCUUGUCAGUACAGUACCAUAAAAGCAAUGAACAAUCAGUACAUUGUUUGUAUAUGGCAGCCAGCUGAUAUUGUUGUAUUCCUUUUGGACAUUGUCGUUCAAUAUGUUUACACUCAUAAUGGAAUGAUGUUUCUCAUCCAAUUUGUAAGUCGCUCUGGAUAAGAGCAUCUGCUAAAUGACUUAAAUGUAAAUAAUA